AUGGACGGAGGUGAGGAGGAGGACUGGCGGGGCGUCCUCCGGAGGCGGACUCACGGCUUGGCCUCUGGAGCUCGGGACAGCGGCCAGCGCUCUCGCGCACCGUCUGCGCUUCUCUGGUGCCUGUGCCGUGCCUUCAUCCUUGCCUUCCUCUUGGAGCUGCUUCCUUUUCCUGCCUGCGUCCCACAAGCACUGACUGGGUCCCAGGACUCCACACUGGGUGCCGGGAAGGAAAGCCGGAAGGCAUUCCAAGCUAGACCGCGUCCUCGGAGCUCUGAGAAUGUGCGGAAAGACUACCCAUCACGGUCCACAGUGUCUGCCAGCCUGGGGUCCAGCGGCUUCAGCCCUGGCGAGGACCCUCCCCAGGGUGGGGUGCGGUUUCUGCACUGCAUCCUCACCUGUCAGGCAGAGAGGCACCUCGUGGUCUUCGUAGCUUUUCUCUAUCAGAUUCUUUCUAAAACUGCUGAAAUGAGUAAUCGUGGGGCUUCUGGCCUUAAAAGUGCAGAUUAUCCUGCCGGGAGGGAGCGAACAGCCCGAGGGCAGCCCUUUGCCAGCCCAGGGCGUGCAGCAGACGCUCCGCUCCGCGUGCCCCCGUGGGUCACCCCCAGUCCUGGGCCCAGCGUUGGGCCUCUCCUCGGCCUCCCCACCACGGCGUCCUGUCUCCUGCAGACCUCCUUUCACUGUUCUGCAUGGUGGACUCGGGUGGAGCUCGUCACCAGCUCCUCGCAGUGUCCCCGAGGUCCCAGUGUGGUCGGCCGCUGGUGGCCGAGGUUGGUCUGCGGGCUGACCUGUCUCCGGCGGGCGUCGCUGGCUGGGAUCAGGGUGUCGUCGGCAGUGUGGGUCCAGGGCGAGUGCGGCCAGGUGCUGACCAGGGCCACGUGUCCUGACGUGAGCCCGGCCCUGAGGACUGUGUUGAGCAGCUGGUCCUCCGCUCAGAGGCUGACGGCCGACGCGCUUCUGUUUGUUGAUAAUUCGGGGACCAUCAUGGAGUAUGGUGGGACUGGUGCAAAGGCUUAA